AUGAGAAUCCACGUAUUUUUGUUGGGCCUGGCCCUCCUAUUUUGUCUACUCGGCCCAGUUGAAGCGGGCCGGAAAAAGCUGAAAAUCAUCGAAUCCGCUUUGGACCGCCCAUCGACAGAUUUACUGGCCGAAAUCGUCAAAGACACCUAUCACUACAAGAAGAAGGGAGGUGUCGGAAAGUGGGCCGAGAAGAUUCGCGAUCGGAUUCAGAAGAAGUGGGCCGGUCUGGAUUCACAUGUCUUUGUUGGACGCAAAUCGCUCAACGGAUUUCAUGCGCACAAAUAUCAGGUGGCCUUGAAGUAUGGGAAGUAUCGUGUUACCAUGUAUUUCAAUUUUUAG